AUGUCUUCUAAAGAACCCUCCAUUACCCUCUACACCACACAGACCCCCAAUGGAAUCAAGAUCUCCAUCACUCUCGAAGAGCUAGGAAUCCCCUACACCGUCCACAAAAUAGAUAUCUCAAAAAAUACGCAAAAAGAGCCAUGGUUCUUAGCUAUCAACCCAAACGGCCGCAUCCCCGCGCUCACCGACACCUUCACUGAUGGCCAACAAAUUAAUCUCUUCGAAUCCGGCUCCAUCAUGCAGUAUCUCGUUGCUCGAUACGACAAGGAUUAUAAGAUUUCAUAUCCGCCGGGGACGAGGGAGUUCUAUGAGAUGAACAACUGGUUGUUCUUUCAGAAUGCGGGAUUGGGUCCGAUGCAAGGACAGGCUAACCACUUCACCCGCUACGCCCCCGACAUCUUCGAAUACGGCAUAUCGCGCUACCAGAACGAAACCCGACGUCUCUACUCGGUGCUCAACACUCACCUCUCCUCCAAGAAUAUCCCCUACCUAACUGGUACCAAAUGCACCAUCGCCGACAUUGCUCACUGGGGCUGGAUCGCAUCAGCUGGCUGGGCCGGCGUCGACAUUGACGAGUUCCCGGCACUAAAAGCUUGGGAAGACCGCAUGGCGGCUCGGCCUGGUGUCGAGAAAGGCCGACAUGUGCCCGACCCGCACAAAAUCAAAGAACUUCUGAAGGACAAGGCGAAGAUGGAGAGACAUGCGGCUGAAGCUCGGAAGUGGGUGCAAGCGGGCAUGAAAGAGGACGCUGAGAAAGCUGCGUCUGCGAAAGAGCAAAAGUGA